ACGUGAGUCGUGUAAUGGAGGCCGAAGAUGAUCCGAGGCCAUGUGAGCCUCUGCUUGUUGGCUCAGAAAAUCAGCUAACCCGACAAACCUCCCGGACGUCAGCUUCACCCGAACCUCCCCCAGAGUACGAUGAAGCUUGCAAUGCCUUCUUACUGAAUGAAAUAGGAGAAGACGACUCCUUUGAGGACGAAGGAAUUAACAGUGACAUAGCUACGUUGGGUUUACAUUGCCCAUCACCUGGCGAUUUUGAUGACGAUGUUUAUCUACUCGAUGGGGAUAGUCAUCGUGGAUCUAAGUUCAGAAAUAGACUGCCUUCGAUCGAGGCAGUUCCGGCUGAAAACCCACCUAAAUUUACUAAAGAAACAGUGCAAUUCGACUCAUUCACAAUGUGCAAAGUGUGUCUUGAGAAUUUCAAAGUCACAGGACGUCUUAAUCAGAGUGUGGUGAAAUGUCCUUACUGUGGAGAAGCAACACCCAUCAAGGACCCGCCGAUUGGAAAGAAAUUUGUGAGGUGUCCGUGCAAUUGUCUAUUAGUGGCCAAACAAUCCGCGAUGCGAAUAGCAUGUCCACGACCAGAGUGCAAAAAGAUUAUUAAUCUACACGCAAACAGACCACCGACAGGACGAGAGCCGACUACUGGUCAUCGACUGCUUUGUGGACACUGUACGGAGACAUUCGUCCUGGACAUAUUGCGCGAGGCGGGAAGCGGACGAUGUCCUCACUGCAGGCGUCAGUCCUCAAUUGGUCCAUUAUACCGACAGCGCAAGAUGCUCAUCUAUCUGGUUCUAUGUAUCAUAUUUGGAAUUUCAUCCUUCGUCGCAUCAGUGCUCUUCUACCAUCUGUUUCAUUUCAGAGAGGUUCUGGGAAUCGCAGAUGUUCUUUUGUUCUUAUCCUUGUGUAUUUGUAUAUAUAAACUUAUCUCUUUCGUCCGCUUCAAAGUGUCAAACAUUAUAGAGUCAAACAUACCAGGUGCUGAUCCGAAUCCAGGAGUGCAUGAUCAUAGCAGCCAUGGUGUGUCCUUCAGCUCAAAUCUGAGACGCCUGUCGUCAUUUAGAAGUUCUAUCUCGAAUGGACGAAGUCGCUCACAAGCGACCAGUUCCCACAUCACCCUUCCAGUCAGUCAAACUGAAUCUGUCUGAUGUAAUCCCAAAGAGAGUGGGAGUAAAUGACGAAAAGACUGGUCCCUAAUCCCUAACUACUUUUGUACUAAUUCUUUUUUAAUUUGAGCGCAUUCUCAGUUAAUAGUCUGAGGUAUUUGCCUUAGCUUGAAUACCGUACACUUUGCAAGCGUUAAGUCAAAUAGAAAUUGGCCAAUCGGAUGCAUUCAGAAGUUUUUACAAUAAACUUGACUCACUUAGUGACUGAUAUGUUUGGCAUCAAAAUUGAGUUGGCAAUAGAGGCCAUGAUUUGUUCGUUUUACUUGUCUCUAAAUUGCGCGUACAUAUACCCAGCUAAUGGGACCAGUCUGUUGGACAAUUACCUGAAGUAUAUAUAAAUAUAUAUAAUUUUAAGGUCAUCCGGUAAACUUUUGAUUAGUUUUGUAUUGCGAACUGUUCAGCUUAACUGAAAUUAAAUGUCAAUUUGUAGAA